AUGAGCCUUUGCCAUCGUUCCAACAAGUGCCUGACGCAGGUGGCGACGAGACUCGCGAGAGAAGAAUUUUUACCUCCCACCGACCAGCAGUUUUGCUGA